GACCACCAUAUGUUGAACUGUCUUAUAUCUAGUACGACGUUAACAUGAUUGCUGUUGAUUGGAAAGAAGGAGCAUGUUCCGGAGGGAUUUCGCUUACCCAGUAUCUGAGCUACCCCAAAUCCAUCGAGAACGCCUACGAAGUCGGAGCGAACAUCGCGCAAUUCAUCGCUAAACUUAUAAGGUACUAUAGUAUUGCCUUGAAGAAUAUGCUCAUGGUUGGGCACAGUCUGGGCGCACACGUGGUUGGAUUUGCAGGGAAAGAGUUGCAGAGAAAAAAGAUUGGGACGAUUCCUCAGAUUAUUGCCCUGGACCCAGCAGGACCAGGUUUCUUGACCAGUCCGUGCUCGAACAGAGUUUGCAAGACGGACGCUGACUUUCUUCAGGUAUUUCACACCUCGGAUCUGGGCAUCAUCUGGCCUUUGGGAAACGACGAUUUUUACUUUAAUGGCGGGCAUGUUCAGCCUAGAUGUGAGUUACACUAUGUGCUGUAUCAACGUGAACAUACCUUGAAUUAGCGCGGA